AUGGGAAUAGACAUUGUCAACUUCUAUAGCAGUUAUGGUAGUUAUCACAGCAAUUUAGUGAACAAAGCCAUUCACUUAGUUUGCAUUCCACUCAUUUUGCUCUCUGCUGUCUAAAUUUUGAACCAUUACACAUUCACCAUCGACACAGGCUGUUGUAAGCUUAACAUUGGUUUAAUCAUGCUCUUAGUCCUCGCUCUGGUGUAUAUGGCUGUCGACUUUUUGAGUGGAAUUCUUGCUUCUUCAUUUUACAUAUCAGUCACUCUUCUACUCAACCAACACUUUGCCAAUGCAGAUGAGGCUUAAUGGAGUCAUCACCUGUGUGUGGCCAUUACUUUCCAAGUGACUUGCUGGAUUUUGUAAUUUAUUGGACAUGGAGUGUUUGAAAAGCGAGCACCUGCCCUGUUGGACAAUAUCCUGUAAAUCUUUGUGGCUCCUGACUUUGUGUUCUUGGAAAUAUUGUUCUUUUUGGGUUACAAACCACAGAUCCAUAAGGCUUGUUAGAUUUAGAUUGAGAACAGUGUCAAACAGUUCAGAAAUGAUAAGAAACAAAAAUGA